AUGGAUACCAAGGGCCAUACAACAACUACUUCUUCUUCAACGCCAUGCCAAAGCUGCUCUAGGAUUACAAAUUUUAGGAUCAUCUCUUCUAACACCAGCUGCCAACAUGGUGGUCUUGAAGCCAACAGCUGCCAAUCAACUGGCCAUGUUCUGAGAACUCUCCAGUCCCAGAGCUGCCAACCCACUCUUUGCUUUUGUCCUAUGCCCAUCUGCUUGAUACACAACUUCAACGCCUGUCCCUCUCUGGACAGUGGCUGGUGUGGUGAAGGCAUCAACAGUAACGAGAAAUUGACCAUGCAAAUCUUGAAUGACCGCCUUGCUAGCUACCUGGAAAAGGUGCGGAUGCUGGAACGAGAGAACACGGAACUGGAGUGUAAAAUCCAGGAAGAGUGUAACAAAGACCUCCCUGUCGUAUGUCCAGAUUACCUGUCCUACUUUGCUACCAUUGAGGAGCUCCAGCAGAAGAUCUUGUGUACCAAGGCUGAGAAUUCCAGACUGGUCUCACAAAUUGACAACACCAAACUGGCUGCUGAUGACUUGAGAGUCAAGUAUGAAGCUGAGAUGUCCCUGCGCCGGCUAGUGGAGGCAGAUGUCAACGGCCUACAGCAGAUCCUGAAUGCACUGACCCUGGGCAAAGCGGACCUGGAGGCACGAGUCCAGUCUCUCAAGGAGGAGCUCCUUUGCCUCAGAAACAGCCAUGAAGAGGAAAUCAAUUGCUUACAGAGCCAGCUUGGAGACAGACUCAACAUUGAAGUGACUGCUGCCCCUUCUGUGGACCUAAACCGGGUUCUACAAGAAAUGAGAUGUCACUAUGAGUCCAUCAUGGAGACAAACCGUGGAGAUGUGGAACAAUGGUUCAACAUGCAGAUGGAGGAGCUGAACCAGCAGGUGGUGACCAGCUCUCAACAGCAGCAGUGCUGCCAGACGGAGAUCAUCGAGCUGAGACGAGCCAUGAAUGCUCUGGAGGUUGAACGACAGGCCCAGCACCGCAUGAGGGACUCCCAGGAAUGCAUGCUGACAGAGACAGAGGCCCGCUACACAGCCCUGGUGGCCCAGAUCCAGUGUCUGAUCGAUAACCUAGAGGCUCAGCUGGCAGAGAUCCGAUGUGCUCUGGAAAGGCAGAACCAAGAAUACGAGAUUCUGCUGGACGUCAAGUCCCGGCUGGAGUGUGAAAUUGCCACAUACCGCAGCCUGCUGGAGAGCUCAGAUGGCAAGCUUCCCUGUAACCCGUGUGCCACCAAAUGCCAGCCUUCCGCUUGCACAUGCAGUAAGGCCAGAGCCAUGAAAGGCACAGCCCCAGCGCACACCUCAUCUUCAGACUCCCGUGGGCUACCCGAGCCCUGCAUCGCCUACAGAGCCCUGCCCCCACUGCUGGUUAAAAUCCGCACCAUCACCAAGGAGAUUAAGGAUGGGAAAGUCAUUUGUUCUCACGAGCAUGUGCAGCCUUGCUUCAUCAUCCGAGCUGCCAAAGUCUAA